GCGGCGGUGGCUGUGGUGGCGGCCGGCAGCGGUGUCCGUGGAGCCAUGGCCGGCGCCGCGCGGACCUCGGGGGACCGCGCUGGGGACUCCCGGGGCGUGGGGCGCGCCCUGCUGCUCCCACGGCCUCUUCUACCCUUCCUCGUCCUGGGGUUGGUGGCGGCGCCCGGCACUCGCGCCGCGGGAUACGAGACAUGCCCCACGGUGCAGCCAGACAUGCUGAACGUUCACCUGCUGGCCCACACACAUGAUGACGUGGGCUGGAUCAAGACAGUGGACCAGUACUACUAUGGGGUUUAUAAUAACCUCCAGCACGCUGGCGUGGAGUACAUCCUGGACUCGGUCAUUUCCGCCCUGCGGGCAGAUCCCAGCCGCAGGUUCGUCUACGUGGAGAUGGCCUUCUUCUCCCGUUGGUGGCACCAGCAGACGAACGAAACACAGGAAGCCGUGCGGGAGCUGGUGCGCCAGGGGCGCCUGGAGUUUGCCAACGGUGGCUGGGUGAUGAACGAUGAGGCGGCCACCCACUAUGGCGCCAUCGUGGACCAGAUGACGCUGGGGCUGCGCUUCCUGCAGGACACGUUCGGCGAUGAUGGGCGCCCCCGUGUGGCCUGGCACAUCGACCCCUUUGGGCACUCUCGGGAACAGGCUUCGCUCUUUGCACAGAUGGGCUUUGAUGGCUUCUUCUUGGGGCGCGUGGAUUACCAAGACAAAGAGCUGCGGAAGCAGAAGCAGGAGAUGGAGCAGGUGUGGCGGGGCAGCGCCAGCCUACAGCCCCCGACUGCCGACCUCUUCACUGGUAUCCUCCCCAACAACUACAACCCACCCAAGGAUCUGUGCUGGGACGUGCUGUGUGCCGACAAGCCCAUCGUGGACGACCCUGAGAGUCCUGAAUACAAUGCCAAGCAAGUCGUCCAUUACUUCCUCGACGUAGCCACUGCCCAGCGCCGGUUCUACCGCACCAACCACACCGUGAUGACCAUGGGCUCCGACUUCCAGUAUGAGAACGCCCACAUGUGGUUCAAGAACCUCGACAAGCUCAUCCGGCUGGUCAACGCAGAGCAGCAGGCAAACGGGAGCCGCGUCCACGUGCUCUACUCCACCCCAGCCUGUUACCUCUGGGAGCUGAACAAGGCCAACCUCACCUGGUCGCUGAAGGAGGACGACUACUUCCCGUACUCCGAUGGCCCCCACCAGUUCUGGACCGGCUACUUCUCCAGCCGGCCGGCCCUCAAGCGCUAUGAGCGCGUCAGCUACAACUUCUUGCAGGUGUGCAAGCAGCUGGAGGCGCUGGCGGGCCCUGCGGCCAACGUGGGCCCCUAUGGGUCAGGAGACAGCGCUCCCCUAGAGGAGGCGAUGGCUGUGCUUCAGCACCACGACGCGGUCAGCGGCACCUCCCGCCAGCUCGUGGCCAACGACUAUGCGAGGCUGCUGGCUGCCGGCUGGAGGCCUGGCCAGGUUCUCCUGAGCAAUGCCCUGGCGCGGCUCAGCGGCUCCAAGGAGGCUUUCUCCAUCUGCCCGGAGCUCAACAUCAGCGUCUGCCCGCUCAGCCAGACGUCGGCGCGCUUCCAGGUCGCCAUUUACAACCCCCUGGCCAGGAAGGUGGACCGUAUGGUGCGGCUGCCGGUCAGUGCAGGCGCUUUCCUCGUGAAGGACCCCAGUGGCCACGCUGUGCCCAGCGAUGUGCUGCUGCUGCCCCAACCAGAGGGCCAGAAGCCCAGCCCAGAGCUGCUGUUCUCCGCCUCGGUGCCGGCCCUGGGCUUCAGCAUCUACUCCGUAGCCCGAGUCUCUCUCCAGAAUCCCAAGGCCCGCAGCCCCGAACCCAUCCCCAAGAAGUCCAGGACUGGUGUCCUGGUUAUCCAAAACGAGUACAUCCGGGCGACCUUCAACCCUGAGACAGGCCUCUUGAUGCAGAUUGAGGACCUGGAGCAGAAACUCGUGCUGCCCGUGAGCCAGGCUUUUUUUUGGUAUAACGCCAGUACAGGUGACGAGAAAAGCGAUCAGGCCUCUGGAGCCUACAUCUUUAGACCCUACGGAUUGAAACCACUGCCCGUGAGCCGCUGGGCUCAGAUCCGCGUACUGAAGACGCCCUUGGUGCAGGAGGUGCACCAGAACUUCUCAGCCUGGUGUUCCCAGGUGGUUCGCCUGUACCGCGGACAGCGCCACUUGGAGCUGGAGUGGACGGUGGGGCCCAUCCCUGUGGGUGACAAAUGGGGGAAGGAAGUGAUCAGUCGCUUCGACACGCCGCUGGACACCAAGGGCUACUUCUACACGGACAGCAAUGGCCGGGAGAUCCUGAAGAGGAGGAGGAAUUAUCGGCCCACCUGGAACUUGAACCAGACAGAGCCAGUGGCGGGGAACUACUAUCCAGUCAACACUCGAAUUUACAUCACGGACGGGAAGAAGCAGCUGACGGUGCUGACAGAUCGCUCACAGGGGGGCAGCAGCCUGCAGGACGGCUCCCUGGAGCUCAUGGUGCACCGCAGGCUGCUGCUGGAUGAUAACCGUGGAGUGGGGGAGCCGCUGCUGGAGGAGGGCUCAGGGUCGUGGGUGCGAGGGCGCCACCUUGUAUUGCUGGACGCGGUGGGCACGGCGGCCGCGGGGCACCGGCUGUUGGUGGAGAAGGAAGUCCUGGCCCCGCAGGUGGUGCUGGCCCCCGGUGGCGGUGGCGGCGCCCCCUACCAGCCCGGAACGGCCCGGCUCACCGAGUUCUCAGGGCUGUGCCGGGAGCUCCCGCCCUCCGUGCACCUUCUCACCCUGGCCCGCUGGGGCCCAGAGACGCUGCUGCUGCGCUUGGAGCACCAGUUUGCCAGUGGGGAGGACUCGGGCCGCAACUUCAGUUCCCCCGUGACCUUGGAUUUACAGAACCUGUUCUCCACCUUCACCAUCACCCACCUGCAGGAGACCACGCUAGCAGCCAACCAGCCACAGGCCAGCGCCUCCAGGCUCAAGUGGACACCGGACACCGGCCCCGUACCAAACCCCUCAGUGCCUGCUCUGGGCCUGGCCGCCAUCACACUGCAGCCCAUGGAGAUCCGCACGUUUGUGGCCUCGGUCCAGUGGAAAGAGGACGGCGGGACCUGCAGGGAAGUCGCCUUGCAAGCCUGAGCUCUCUGCUCCUGGGGCGAGUCUGACUCUCUUCCCCUCUGCUCCCCAUGCUGCCGCCCAAAAUGCCAUUAAAAUAGUGAUGACACUCA